AAGCAGAAAUCAAAACUCUGUUGUGGCAGUGCAAUUUUAGAUAAUUCAUUCGCUUGUUUCAAUUAGCUAUUUUUGAAUUUCACUUUCUUAUUGCCCAAGAGAAGCCCAAUAGUACUAUAACAUAGGAAGAUUCCUUUUCGUGUGCCUUUUCAAUUUCUGAGUCAGCAGCGAGUGUUUCUUUUCCCGGAAAAUCAACAGCCUGAUCUCUCAUCCACUCACAUUUGCCAUCUUCCUACUGCAGGUGCAGGUGGAGUGAACCUUUCAGAUUUCAAAACCCUAACACUCCCCUCAGAUGGCAGCUCAGACAUUGCAGCUCCGACCACUGGGCAACACCGGCCUCAACCUCAGCUCCGUCGGCUUCGGCGCUUCUCCUCUUGGCAAAGUCUUCGGCGAUGUCUCCGAACAAGACGCCUUCGCCGCCGUGCGUGAAGCCUUUCGCCUUGGCGUCAAUUUCUUUGAUACUUCCCCGUAUUAUGGAGGAACAUUAUCGGAAAAGGUACUAGGGAAGGCUUUGAAGGCUCUUGGAGCGCCUAGAGAUGAGUACAUUGUGUCAACAAAGUGUGGGAGGUACAAAGAGGGAUUUGAUUUCAGUGCUGAGAGAGUGACUAAAAGCAUUGAUGAGAGCUUGGAGAGGCUACAGCUUGAUUAUGUUGAUAUUUUGCAAUGUCACGAUAUUGAGUUUGGGUCUCUUGAUCAGAUUGUGAAUGAGACGCUUCCAGCCCUUCAGAAACUGAAGCAAGCUGGAAAGAUCCGUUUCAUUGGCAUAACCGGCCUUCCAUUGGGGAUAUUCACUUAUGUGCUUGAUCGGGUACCUCCAGGGACAGUUGAUGUUAUCCUGUCAUAUUGUCACUACAGUAUCAAUGACUCAACUUUGGAGGAUCUGUUGCCAUACCUGAAGAGCAAGGGUGUGGUAGUGAUCAGUGCUUUCCCUCUUGCAAUGGGUCUUCUUACUGAGGCUGGAGCUCCAGAGUGGCACCCUGCUUCUUCUGAACUUAAGGCUGCCUGCCGAGCUGCCGUUGAUCAUUGCAAAGGAAAGGGAAAGAAUAUCUCAAAGUUAGCAUUGCAAUACAGUUUAGCAAAUACUGAUAUUUCAUCCGUACUAGUGGGGAUGAAGUCCGUUAAAGAGGUGGAGGAAAAUAUAGCAGCUGCCCUGGAGCUAGCAACGGCUGGGAUGGAUGAAGAAACAUUAUCAGAGAUCACAGACAUUCUGAAACCAGUGAAGAAUCAGUCAUGGCCUAGUGGUAUCCAACAAAGUUGAUUUGUUUGACAGUUCAAUGAGCUGUGAAGCAAAAGGUCUUGUGAUUACCUUUGUUGGCAUGUUUAUUUUCUCUUGGACAUUUAAAAGUAGUCCAAGCUGAAAUUGUAUGUUGUAUUCGUUGAGCUUUUAAGUAUCAAAAUAAAUAAAUAAAUAAAUAAAUAAAUAAGAUGUUGCAUUAUUUGAGAUGAA